AUGAGGGCUCUCCGCCUAACUACAUUUAUCACUGCCACUAGUGCCGUUCGCUUACAAUCAGGAGGAAAUUAUGGUCGGCAACCUCCACGCGAAUAUCGCCAACGACCCCACCAACCUCAGCAUCGUUUUGGUGGCCCCCGUGACGGACGGCCGCAGAGGGGUUCCCCGCCUCCUCAGGGGUCUUCCUAUGGCGGGUCUUGCAAUAGGUUGAGCGAACCGCAGUUGGUGGCCAAACUGUUAGAGCACUUUCCUGUGGGUAAGACAUCUAUCCCAGUAAACAAGUGGGCGCCUUUUGUGCCCGAGGACAUUCAAGAAGCGUUGGUACCCUUUGGGGGGUUGGCUCAUUUUGCAGCGUCACAGACUAAUUUCUUCAUUGUUCGCAAGGAAAACGGGUUGACAGUUGUAACGCUUUCUACGAUGGCCUCCACGUUGUGUGUAGAAAGGGAGAAAAGUAUCAAAAAACGUGAAGAGAAGGCAGCAGCUUACGCUGCUCGCCGCCGCGACCAACCGCGGCGUUCACACUAG